AUAUGACAAAAGCAAAGGGGGAUGGAGUGAGUGAAAUAAAUCCACACUUCUUAUUUCUCACAGACACUUUUUUAGGGGGGUAGUAAUUUGGCAGGGAGAGAGAGAGAGGGGGGUGUUUGGAUCACUGCGCCACAUAACAAGAAAACGUGUCCUAGUUCAUGUUAGUAGUAGAAAUCAGCAGCCUAUCUCGUUUUACGCACACCCUGCUCCAGUGAAGGCAACAGCAGUUCAGAUCAGAUUUCACAUUCAGCUCCGACCAGCUGAGAGAGACACAGCCAGGAGAGCAGGAGGGCUCGUAUCUCCGCUUUCCCCUCCGAUACCCCCGCCAGAAAAAAACCCCACACAGCCCCUGCGAGGAACAACCGGGUGCGCGGCGCAAAUAUUAAAAAACACCACCGGGAUUUUUUUCCCCUCCUCCUUUUUUUUCUUUUAUGUAUUUUUGCAGGAUUUCAGCAGCGAGAGCGCCACAGAGAAUUAGAUAGAGAGAAGAAGAAGAGAUGGACGAGCAGACGAGGUUGAUGCACUCUCACACGGGGGUAGGCAUGGCAGGGCACCCCGGCCUGCCGCAGCAUAUGCAGGAAGGCACCGGAGGAACGGACGGCGACGGAAGAAAACAGGACAUUGGAGACAUUUUACAGCAAAUUAUGACCAUCACGGAUCAAAGUCUGGACGAAGCCCAAGCCAGGAAACACGCUCUGAACUGUCACAGAAUGAAGCCAGCGCUUUUCAAUGUCUUGUGUGAAAUCAAAGAAAAAACAGUGCUGAGUAUCCGUGGCGCCCAGGAGGAGGAGCCCCCAGAUCCCCAGCUCAUGCGCCUGGACAACAUGCUGCUGGCAGAGGGCGUAUCCGGUCCGGAGAAAGGCGGAGGCUCGGCGGCGGCGGCGGCUGCAGCGGCGGCCUCGGGAGGAGCGGGGGCGGACAACUCGGCAGAGCACUCUGACUACAGGGCCAAGCUGACCCAGAUCAGACAGAUCUACCACACAGAGCUGGAGAAGUAUGAACAGGCAUGCAACGAGUUCACCACCCAUGUGAUGAACCUGUUGCGGGAGCAGUCGCGCACACGUCCAAUUUCGCCCAAAGAGAUCGAGCGCAUGGUGAACAUCAUCCACCGCAAGUUCAGCUCCAUCCAGAUGCAGCUCAAGCAGAGCACCUGCGAGGCCGUCAUGAUCCUGCGCUCCCGCUUCCUCGAUGCCAGACGGAAAAGACGAAACUUCAACAAGCAGGCAACAGAGAUCCUGAACGAGUAUUUCUACUCACACCUCAGUAACCCGUACCCCAGCGAGGAGGCUAAAGAAGAACUGGCAAAGAAGUGUGCCAUCACAGUUGCCCAGGUUUCCAACUGGUUUGGGAAUAAAAGAAUCAGAUACAAGAAAAACAUUGGUAAGUUCCAAGAAGAAGCCAACAUGUACGCUGCGAGAACUGCCGUGAAUGCGGCUAAUGCAUCCUCACAUGGAAGCCAAGCAAAUUCACCCUCAACUCCAAACUCUGCAGGUUCUGCUGGCUCUUUUAACAUGUCAAACUCCGGGGACUUGUUCAUGAGCGUGCAGUCUCUCAAUGGGGACUCGUACCAGGGGGCUCAGGUGGGAGCCAACGUGCAGUCACAGGUGGAUACCCUUCGCCAUGUUAUCAGUCAGACAGGCGGAUACAGUGAAGGACUCACAGCCAACCAGAUGUACAGUCCGCAGGGCAUCAAUGCAAACGGUGGCUGGCAGGAUGCUCCAACCCCCUCAUCAGUGACUUCACCCACAGAAGGACCCGGAAGCGUUCACUCUGACACCUCCAACUGAUCCUCCACCCCCCUCCUUCACUCCUCCGUCCUCUGCUUCCUAACUUCCUCCACCACUGCACCCCCAGACACACCUCCUAAAACUGAAGCUCAAACCCCCAUUGGGACUGGACGUGACGUACUGUAUGCAGUCACGCGGCGGGACACAGUUGGGGUCUGGGACGACAUUUCCAUCAUUAUGGACAGAUAUUUCACUUUUCCUAUCUGGACUACAGUACCGCAGCACCGUUAGCAGCCUGCGUAGGGGACUCAUAUCCACACUUCACAGUUUGUACAGUUUCCACUUGAUGUCCAUGUUGCCUCUUUGUAUUUCUCUUACAUUAUAUAUUCACACAGUAGGCACACAGUUAGCAGCGUAACGCUCCCCACGUCUUGUAAAUUGAAAUGCUUCCACACUACCUCUAUUCGAAAUAACAACAGAGAAAACAUUUCAAGCGCUUCGGUUUUACAAAUUUUUAUAAUUAUUGGAAUUUUACUGUACGACGCAUCACGCCCUGUCAUAACACCUCUGUCUUUAUUACUGUGUUCACACAUUUUGUUUAUCUACAGUGCCAAAGUUCAACCCUGGAGGUGAAUUUUGAUACGUUUUUAUUGCGUCAUGUCCUUCCAUUGUCCAUGCCAUAUGUUGUUAAGUAUCAUUAUGUUAGUCCAGUCAUAUUAGUCAGGUAAUAUCCACGUAUUCAGCCUCGAUUUAUAUAGUUUGUAUUCAGAACUUCUACAACAGACAAUGACAUAUAAGGCAUUUUAUAUUUUAUUGCCAGAGAAGCAGGUUUUCUGCUCAUAUGCAGUACAAUGAUAAUGCAAAGAAUUCACAAUUUUUACGCAAGCAAUUAAACUGAGUGCGACUCGAGAGGAGAGCUGAAGUUCUGUCACGCUUGUCGGCUGCAUUUACAAUAUUCAAAGAAUAAUUGACCUGAAAAACUAAAUCAAUGACAACGUUAACGGCAAUUAUGGCACGUCAAUAAGAAUUAAAGCACAAUAAAGGCUAAUGAUUGAUCUCGAAGGGUAACAUUUGUAAAUGUUGAAGAGAAAACAAUACAGAGGAAAUUUUAUGAUUUAACUAUAGGAGUCGUAUAUGGAAGAAAAAGAGUGUACAUACAGUCAGUGCAUUGUCAGACAUCGUCAGUGUGUAUCAAUAUAGCCAAAUACUGCUGGUAACCAAAUCCAAAACAAAAAUUGUAAUUCAGAUUUUAAGGCACCAUGUUGCUGGGAUUUUACUUUUCAUUUGUGGGAUUAUAUUUGUGUCAUCAUCCUGAGACUGUGUUGGGACAUUCUGAGCUCAGAUUAAGUUUUUGUGUUUGCUCAGAUUAUUCUUUUCACAAUAAGAGUUUCUUGACAUAUAUAUCCCCUUGCACGCUCGGGAUUGUGGCACAAAUAUAACUCCAUGCUUCGAAAUUAUAUUUGUGUCAUAAUCCUGAGAUCACAAUGGGACAUUUUGCAUAAAAAAAAUAGAUUUUUCUGUUUGCCAAAUUAAAUAAUUCUUUGCACGAUAACAAUAUAACAUAUACUUUGUGUGAGAGCAAGAAAAAUCAUUCUCAGAAUUCUCCAUCGCAAGCUCAAGAUUGUGGCACAAAUACAACUCCAUAUUUGCGGCAUAAUCCUGAGACCAUGACGGGACACCUAUGUUUGUGCUGAAAUUAGAUUUUUGUGUUAUAUUAUCAACAUACACUUUGUGUUAGUGCAAAAAAAAUCACGUUAAAAAAAUGCUAUUGCACGCUCAGGAUUAUGGCACAAACUCUAAGCACUAACUCCGUAUUUUGGAAUUAUAUUUGUGUCAUAAUCCUGAGAUCACAAUGGGACAUUUUGCACUCAAAUUAGAUUUUUGUGUUUGCUUAAAAUAAAUCAUUCUCUGCACGAUAAGAAUUUCUUUACAUAUACUUUGUGUGCAAGCAAAAAAUAAGUUUCAAAAUAUCCCCGUGCGUGCUCAGGAUUGUGACACAAAUAUGACUCCAUAUUUUGGAAUUAAAUUUGUGCCAUAAGACUGAGGAUGUGCUCAAAUUAAAUUAUUCUUUGCAUGAUAAGAUUUUCUUUUCAUAUACUUCAUGUUGGUGCAAAAAAAUCACUUUCAGGAUAUGACAUCGCACGCUCAGGAUUGUGGCACAAACACAGCUCCAGAUUUUAGAAUUACGUUUGUGUCAAAAUCCCGGGACCACGUUGGGACAUUUUGCACUCAGAUUAGAUUUUUGUGUUACAUUAUGAAAAUUUCUUUACGUAUAUUUUGUGUUUGCGCAAAAAAUCACUUUCAAAAAAUGCCAUUGCACAUUCAGGGUUGUGGCACAAAUACAACUCCAUAUUUUGGAAUUAUGUUUGUGUCAUAAGACUGAGACCGUGAUGGGACAUUUUGCGCUCAAAUUAGAUUUUUGUGUUGCAUUAUCAAAUUUUUUUAAUCAUACCUUGUGCUUGAAAAUAUCACUUUUUUAAAAAAAAAUCCCAUUGCACACUCAGGAUUAUGGCACAAAUAUGACUCCAUACAUAUUCAGUGCUGAAAAACACUUGAGGUUUCUCAUCCCAUCACUCCUGUUCUUUGAUAACAUAACGAACCACAGUGUUUGUGUUUUCAAGAGUCCCAUCACUUUUUGUUUUGACACCACAUCCAUCAACAGAAACCGAUCCAAAAUGUGAAAUUAAAAUUUGUGACCUUUGUUGUAUGUACAGUAUAGUAUGUGGUCUAACAUGUAUACAUGAUUACAGUGGUCCUCAUGAGAUAUCAGCAUUUACAUACUUUGAUACCAAAAAAAAAGGCAGAAUUUUUAUCGUUUACAUUGGGAUCAGCUUUAUCCACGUUUUGUUUUUCCUCUUUUUCGUAGGAUUUUAUGAUCUAAGGUACUAGUGAGCGUCUCGUAAUGCUCCAGUACUCUGUAUUCAAAGCCAAAAACAUGCAGUUGGAAUACAGACGUGUUUAUAGACAUUACAACGGAAACAAAUACCCUGAUGGCACACAAAUCCAGAUAAUGUUUGGAUAUAUUUUUAUGUCUCCAUUUUGUGAAUAACUUUUUCAUUUGAUAUUCUUUUGCUUUGCUACAGGACUGUUUUUUUAAUGCUACCAUUAUAUGUGAAUUAGCCCAAGAAUACUCUAUAUACAGUAUGUAGAUAUGCACCUUUACUCUUUUGUUUUUGCAUCUUUGAAUUUGGAUGGUAGCCAUUUUAACGCAGCCUGAAGGAGUUCCAAAUCCUGAUUAUUUUGUACUCAGACCACCGAAACAAGCCUGCCUCCAAGAUGGCUACCGUCCGAAUGAAGGUGACGUGAAAAGUUAGUGUUUGCCCUCCGGAUUUGUUUUGAGCUUAACUCACGAUAAAGAAAUUCAACCCUGAGAUCCCGACCAGUCAUACAGCCUGACAACCACAGGUAUUUUUUAACAGUCGUCAGUGUGUUUGUAUUUAUUACACAUGUAUGAAAUCAUGGAUGUUUCAGAGCUACUGUCUGGAGGUCAACCACGGCAUGAUUCCACCAAACAAACUCAUUUGGAUCAUUGGGAGCGGCUCCUCCUCCUCGACCCAUCUGCUCAGUAUUACAGUCGAGGGGCCGAGCACCGUUGAAGUGAUGCACAGAACCUGCCUCAGUCGUGUCUUCUGAAGUCAUUGGAGUGAAUUGACAGCACCGGCCAUGCAAGGCAAACACAAGGAUUGUUUUUGCACCCCUCGGAUGAUAAGGAAAAAAAAAAAAAAGGCUUAACUCUACUUUUCACAUUGCCUGUCAAAUAUUAUCGAAGCUUCAUGUAAUGAUGCUUUUUAGUUUUUGAAUAUAAAAGGAGAAGAGACAUGAAAAGAAAAUGAACAAUUUGUAAAACAUAAAAUGUUUUAUUUGUUGCAUGUCUUUUUGUUCUUCAAUAAAAUAACGUACUGCAGUGUUUUGAAUGUUAACUUCUUUUUUAUAAGGAUUUCAGAGUGAAAUCGUGGAGCCUUUUUCUUGACAGGUUUUAACUUUUAAGAUCUCUGCGUAUGUAAAAAGGUAUCAAAUGGAAAACUAUUGUCUUUUUAAUUCCAAUUCAAAACCUGUUUUCUGUGGAGAAAAAUAGCUGAAAGGUGUAGGUUUUAUGGUCUCUUAAUUUGUACUGGCAAUGCGUAUCCCAAAUAAAUAGUUUCUUUUGUUGCAUAAA